AUGUUUACCUGCUGUUGCGUAGAUGAAAAGCCUGCUGACUUUGUGGAGUUACAAAUGGACAGUGCCUUCCCAGAGGGAAAGGGCGCGGCCUCGCCAAGUGCUCCCGUGACGUUCGACAUCUUCCUUGACCGCGCACCUGGAACCUACUUCGGCGUUGACCUUUCCAGUGCGGGAAAGGCAUGUGUUGUCACCAGUGUCACCACCGACGGCCUCAUCGCGGAUUGGAACUCCAAGUGUAGCGAAGAAACAAAGGUGCAGAAGUACGACAGAUUGUAUGCGGUGAAUGGUCAAGCAAGCGAGAAAAGCAAGGAGAUCUUGGACCUGCUGAAAUCGACGCACAACAAAAUGGUGCUCACCUUCCAGAGAGCAGUCGUGAGCGAGGUCAAGAUUCAGCGAGGUGCCCUAAAUUUGGGCAUGCAUUUGAAAGACGGCCCCCAUUUCCUUCUCGUGCUCGGCGUCGAUGAUGGGGUUGUCAAGGACUUCAACAAAACGGUGCCCACUGAGCAGCAGAUCCAGCAGUCGGACCGAAUCGUGGGUGUAGAUGGCUUUGAAGGAGUUGGAGCAGCACUCAUGGACAAGGUCCGAAAUGCAGGUCCCGAGGUGACGUUAAAGGUCUUGGCUUGGAGGCCAUAG